AUGUCCUCAGCACCUCCACACCCCACACACCCGCUUCAUCUUGCAUCAGUACAGGCCCAAAGAUCGCUGAAGAUUGAGGUAGAAGCCCCUGCACCCAGCAAUCAGACAGACGCUCCUGUCGAACAAGCCGGCGCCAGAGGGUCCCCGGAUCGCAAGCGCGCACGUAGAAACGACUCCGCGCGUCUGGAGGUCGGUGGACAAAGUCAGGAACGGUCUCGACGACCCGACGAGCAAUCCAAUCACACCUCAAGUCAAGUGCCGUCAGACAAUCCCGCUCGAGCUUCGAUGCCGGCCCCGUCAGCAGUCAACGACGAUAAUGCUAUCGUGGAGCUACCCAGUGGCCGAGUCAUCAGUGUCGCGGAGAUGCUUACGGAGAUGGACUCGCUCCUUGACCGGCGCGAGAGGCAGGACGACAUAGACGAGAGGACGAGUCAAAGGAACCAAAAUAUCAGGAGCUGGUUGCACAACAUCGAAGGCAGCUCGCAGGCAUCGCAUCCCUCCCAUCCUUCUGCACUGCACUCGCAAGCAAGUGCCAGAGCCUCUCAACCUCCCACCAGCUCGGGAAGACAUCCAUCGUCCGCGCAUGGAAUACCGCCACCUAGUCCGAGCCCAGCUUACCAUGCUCCUUCUGUCCAACGCAGCGAGCGGUCCCUCCGCAAUGGAUCUCGGAUUCGUCCCAUCGAUGCCUCCUCGAGCGCAAGCCGCAGUAGACAGUCUAGCGUCAUCCGCGAAGUCGCCGCGCGCCUCUCUCAAGCUUCUAGUACACGGCCGUCUACUCCACAAUCGUCGGUCAGUGCUUUACCGGUUCCUAAUCCUGGUACGACUCCCCGGCCGCGCCGACAACAAGCCUUCGGGUCAAGACGCGAGACACCUCAACUAAGCCCCACACCUCUCAACCCCACGGGUGGUAGGCCUCAGGCAUUUUCAACUCGCCAAGCGUCUGAACCUCGCAUGAGCGAUACCGAAGAGGAGCAGGUCCAUUUUCAGCUUUUAGCGGGCGCGAAUUCUGCAGCUUCGUCUGACACUGAAGACCCUCGUGCGCGUGAAGCACAGGCCCCACGUGCAGGCGCUUCUCGCGCGGGCGGGGUUGACUCUGCACCGUUUGCAGCCGAUCAGUCGAUGGAGGUGGAUGACGGGGAACUUGAUGUGCCGCCGCCGUCUGUUCCAAUGGAGGAGGACCAGCCAGAACAAGUUCAACCUCCCUCGCAACAACCAUCAUAUCCUCAGCCACCCUUAUAUGAUCAGUCCUCCUCGUCUGCGCAACCUCAGCCCACCACGUCUGCGCAACCUCAAUCUAUGCCGUCGGCCCAACCCCAAUCUACGCCGUCUGCGCAGCCUCAGCCCGCUUCGUCUGCGCAGCCUCAGACCACAGCGUCUGCUCAGUCUCAGCCGGCUCAGACUGCUCAGCAGCAUCCUGGCCCACCUUCUCCAUCGGCAACUGCGAUACCCUCGCACCAGAGACCAUCGCAACCGAACGCAAGCGCGUCAAUGCCUACGGGCGGAAACGACGCAUACUUACUCGGACUCAAUUCCAUGUCCUACGAUAUCAAGGCGCAUACGACCAAGGAGGUCUCCGGUGUAUCGGCGCGUGUUGAUAGCGUUGAGAAGCGCAUCGACCAACGCAUUGACCACCUGGAAAGUGUGGUGACCCGUACUCGUGGCGGCCGAGGUCGUGGAGGUCGCGCACCUGCCCCUAAGCCUGAAGCGAAGAAGAAAGCGGACGAAGCGAGCGAGGACAAGAUGUUCAGUGAACACGCCAGACUGACCAACGCGCCCCAAAAGAUGGAUGCGGAACGCACUGCGCUCUUGAAAGUUGUACGUCUACAUCUUGCGGCUAUCUUUGACAGGCAAGGCAUGGACAAGUUCGGCGAGGCGACAGACCCUGAACUUGUCCGCGAUGUUCAUUUGAGCGUCGACAGAAUGACACGCGACGCCAAAGGCCGCCACAUUCGUUCGCUCGCCGCAGCCGUUCAGACGGCGCCCAUCCCUCGACCGUUGCAAGGGGCUCCCAUUGAUAUCGACUACGAUUACUCUGGCGCCGGUCCGAUAACCUCCGGGUACAAUCAGGUCAUGGCAAAGCUGUUCCUCGAAGACUUCUUUUCCAAGCCGGAGCACAAGAACUACGACAAAGAUGAAAUUCGAGAUAUGUUUUUGCUAAGGAUCAAGAAUCUCAAACGAGAGCGCACGUUGAACGAGGAAGCAGAAGAUCUGGCCGACGAUCAUAACAUUCCAGUGGAAGAAGUUGACAGGCAGCUCAAAGACGUAGGGUUACACGAUGGCCGUAGGCGACGCAACUUCAAGCGCCGCCUAUCGGGGGCAGAUGGAAUCCCGGAAGACGUCGAUCCCAAGAAGGUCGUUCAGACGUUCGUCCAGCAGUUAGGCUUACUCGGUGCUUCGGACGACGAAGACCGUUAUGUGAAGACGCGCAACAAUAAAACCGUCAAGAAACGUGUGGUCAAGAUUCUAGGAUGGCGCCACCCGGCUGUCAGGCCCAUAUUGACGGAUGUGGAGGAAUUAUAUGACAUGCUGUACAGCAGGGACGGGAUGCUUUCGCAAGAUAAAAGGGGUCAAAUGCCUGAAGCACGCGAGUUCUACGAGGGCGAGAACAUCGAUUGGGACGCGCCCGCUCCUCCGCACCUUCCGCGCAACGCGUACAAUCCCGUGUGGCUCGCAAUGAAGGGCCAGGCGUACGUUGACACCGUGGUACAACCACAUCCCAAGGACUUCGUUAUUCCACCAGGAUUUCGGCCGUAUUACCUUCGAGUGCUGAAGGCCUGGCAGGACCGUCAUCCAGUCCAGCCUCAUCGGACAUACGGCCCCUCUCAACCCGCUGCUGGGCCCUCCGCUCCCCGCUCGUCCGCUCAUCCGCAGGCUCCCGAUCCUGGUGUCACCGCGUCACCGCAGCCUGCGCCCGGCAAACAUGCGGCUGGCAAACGCAAGGCCGACGCCAUGAACGAGCCUCCGGCAUCGUAG